UAGUUGCCACGGUCCAACCAAACUGAACUGCACUAACAUGAUGGGCUGUGUCAAAGCCACGGACCGCUGUAACGGAGUCAUCGACUGUUGGGACCGCUCGGACGAAGAGAACUGUAGGCUGUUCUGCUUCUGCUAUGGCCACUCCAACAAGUGCGCUGCCCAAGGCGUUUGUGCUGACUGCCAGCACAACACGGCCGGCGCACGCUGCGAGCGGUGCAAGCCCGGCUACACCGGCAUGGCCACCCGGGGCACCCCGUUCGACUGUCAGCCCAUCCGCUACGUGCAGGUGAUGCAGGUGGUGCAGAAACAACCGGUGCAGCAGGUGAUGCAGGUGGUGCAGAAACAACCGGUGCAGCAGGUGGUCAUGCAACCAGUGCAGGUUAAGCAGCCAGCCGCAGUGGUGCAGCCCGUGGCUGUCCGACUGCAGCCUGUGGCAGUCAAGCAGCCCGUGCGGGUUCAGCAGAUCGCAGUGCCAGUCGCGGUGCGUCACGGGAAGAAAGGCUAACUCAGCCGCAGUCGGCUAGAUCAACGCCGUACCGGUGCCCUAUUCCCCAAGGAGCGAUGACUUGUAGCUUUAGCGUUUUGACAUUUUAGUCUCUUAUGACACAGUCUUUAGAACACCUUUAAGUGUGUUAAUCAAUUGUUAAGUUCUGGUCCAUGGUGCUAUUAACUGUGUUUUCUCUAGAAGAUGUAUACAUGGGGCGAUGAAUUGUAGCUUUAGCGUUUUCAUACAUUUUACUUUCUUAUGACACAGUCUUUAGAACACCUUUAAGUGUGUGAAGUUCAUCAAUUGUUAAGUUCUGGUCCAUGGUGCUAUGAAUGUGUUUUCUCUAGAAGAUGUACACCCACCAAGAUUUAGUCGUGUGACAUUGAAGUAAUAAACGUUUUCAGAUGGAAACUUGUGGCUUGAACCGCAUUUUGUUGUAACAUUCUAAUGGUAGGCGUUCUGUCUAGAUUACUCCUUUCCAGCCACUCUUAUAUCUAUCAGCAACUGUUAUAAUGUUUUGUUUGAGCACAGACCAAGAACUUAAGUUAUCACAGUUUAUACUUUAGCAAGUAAACCUGCUCUAUAUUGUGCUCAUUGCCCCUAACCUUAC